AUGGCGUCCCUGGGCGACGACCUCCUCACUACCGUCAACAAGUUGCAAGACUUGGUAUUCAACACCAUCGGCAACGACUCUCUUGACCUCCCUCAGAUUGUUGUCGUUGGUUCUCAGUCCGCUGGAAAAUCCUCCGUACUCGAAAACAUUGUCGGACGCGACUUUUUGCCCCGCGGAAGUGGCAUUGUUACCAGAAGACCACUGAUCUUGCAACUGAUCAACGUUCCCGAAGACGAGACUGCCGCCGACCCUCUGCAAGACCCGUAUGGGUCUCCCGAUGUUGCCCGACGAUCCGAAUGGGCAGAGUUCCACCACAUCCCCAACCGUCGCUUCACCAACUUCUCCGAUGUCAAGCGGGAGAUCGAGAACGAGACGUCGCGCGUUGCUGGCAACAACAAGGGCAUCAAUAGGCAAGCCAUCAACCUGAAGAUCUACUCUCCGCACGUCCUCAACCUCACCCUCGUCGAUCUCCCAGGACUUACAAAGGUUCCUAUUGGCGACCAGCCCACAGACAUUGAGAAGCAGACUCGCAAUCUCAUCUCCGAGUAUAUCGCCAAGCCCAACAGUAUCAUUCUCGCUGUUUCCCCGGCCAACGUUGAUAUUGUGAACUCGGAGGCUCUAAAGCUUGCUCGCCAUGUUGAUCCUCUAGGAAGGAGAACGAUCGGUGUGCUCACCAAAGUUGAUCUCAUGGACCACGGCACAAAUGCCCUCGACAUUUUGUCCGGUAGGGUCUACCCUCUAAAACUGGGCUUUAUCGGUGUCGUCAACCGUUCCCAGCAGGACAUUCAGGGCAACAAACCCAUGGAGGAGGCGCUCAAGGCAGAACAGGACUUCUUCAAGCAUCACCCAGCAUACCGGAACAUUGCCAGCCGAUGCGGAACUCAUUACCUGGCCAAGACCCUAAACACCACCCUCAUGGCUCAUAUUCGCGAACGCAUGCCAGAUAUCAAGGCGCGCCUCAACACUCUUAUGGGACAGACUCAACAGGAACUGGCGAGCUAUGGCGACAUGCAUUUCAGCGGCAAAGAACACCGGGGUUCUCUCAUUCUGCAACAGAUGACACGCUUCGCCACGUCGUUCAUAUCUUCUAUUGACGGCACCUCGACCGAGAUCUCUACCAAGGAGCUUUGCGGCGGUGCCCGCAUCUACUACAUCUUCAAUUCGGUUUUCGGCAUGUCUCUCGAGUCCAUUGAUCCUACUUCCAAUCUCUCAGCUUUGGAUAUUCGCACGGCCAUUCGCAACUCCACCGGUCCCCGUCCAAGUCUGUUUGUGCCGGAAAUGGCCUUCGACCUGCUCGUGAAACCUCAGAUCAAGCUCCUCGAGAUUCCAAGUCACCGAUGUGUCGAACUGGUCUAUGAGGAACUCAUUAAGAUCUGCCACACCUGCGGAUCAACCGAGCUAUCUCGCUUCCCUCGGCUGCAAGCCAAGCUCAUCGAGGUUGUCUCUGAUCUCCUACGUGAACGCUUGGGUCCUACGUCAAACUACGUGGAGUCCCUGAUCUCGAUACAGCGUGCCUACAUCAACACAAACCACCCCAACUUCUUGGGGGCUGCCGCAGCCAUGAGCAACGUCGUUAGCAACAAGCAAGAGAGAGAGCGGAAGCGUCUUAUUCAAGAAGAAAGAGAGAGACGGGAGAAGAGAAGGUUGAAGGAACUCGGUACCAACGGCGCUGAGGCGCCCGAAGAGGAAGAGGGCCACUCCGUCACCGAGAAAUCUGACUCGACAGCUCUGCGGAAGCAAGCCAGCAAGGGAGCGCGCAGCCUGUCACCAGGUGUCCGGGAAAACGGGGCUACUGGCCUGAACGCGGCUUUGAAUGGUGCAAGAUCCGCGUCUCCCUCCAGAUUCAAUGGCCAAGGUCUUGGCGGUGCGCGCGACUCAUUCUUGACGUACUUUUUUGGCAAGGACGGUGCGUCGCCUAUGGGUGCGACCCAAGGCAUGUCUCCGUCGCCCAACUCCUCCAUCGCUCGGCAUGUCAACCAAGCUUCUGAGCCUACUUUCUCGCAGAGCAUUCGGCGGACCGAAGACAAGAUGUCGCUUCGCACGCCUACCCAGUCCGCGGGACGUGAGGACGAGUUUGACUUCAGUAAUUCUACCAGAUCUGUGGACUUUGGUGCUUCAUUCGGCUCCACUGGCGGCGAACCAGCCAUGACGGAGAGAGAGGCCAUGGAGACGGAGCUAAUCAGAGCUCUCAUCUCUUCCUACUUCAAUAUUGUGCGCGAAUCUAUUGCCGACCAGGUUCCCAAGGCGGUAAUGCACUUGCUUGUGAACCACUGCAAAGAUGUCGUGCAGAACAGACUUGUCAGUGAGUUGUACAAGGAGGCCUUGUUCGAGGAGCUGCUGUACGAAGACGAUGGCGUCAAGAAGGAACGCGAGAAGUGCGAGAAGCUGCUGCAGACGUACAGAGAGGCGGCCAAGAUUAUUGGCGAAGUGUUAUAG